GUUGCCCAAAAGAACAGCCGACGGUGCUGAUCAAAUCAAUUGAGAGAGAGAGAGAGAGAGAGAGAAUCUGUUUCUUCUUAGAAAUUCCGUGGCUAAGGCGAAGUGUUUUAAAUCAAGAAAAGGAAGGGAUUGAAAACUGUUAGCACUCUUGAGGAAAAAGGCGCUGCUUCACCGGCUAUUGCUCGCGUGUUUACUUCUGCUCUUCUUGGUGCUUUUGGCCUCCCCUACUCCUGCUCCUAUUUUCGCGUGCAUGAUCUUUAUGCAUUAGAGGCUGUUGGAGACACGGGUACACGGUAGGACAGUUGAAACAGGUACGGAAUUACACUGGUGUCCUCUAUGAUAGAGAGUCAAUGUCGACCGCAGUUCAAUGGACUGGAGUUAUUAGAAGAUGCUCAACUGAACAAGCGUAUUCUAUCGACAGGAUGCGAAAGAAUUGAUCUUCUUCUACAAGGAGGUUUACGUGUGGGACAUGUAACAGAGCUAGCCGGGCCAUCAUCUUCUGGUAAAACUCAAGUUUGCCUGAAAGUUGCGUCACAUGUGGCAAGAAAAUAUUCAGGCACAGUGAUGUACUUUGACUCGGGCAACUCAUUUUCACCAAAACGUAUUGUCCAGUUUCUCACUCAGGAGUCAGAUCCUGCUAAUACUGAGGUAGAUGAAAUAGUUCAACGAGUAAUGAGCAGCAUAGUAUGCUAUUCUAUAUUCGACAUCUUUACCCUAUUGGAUAUGCUGCACCAAUUAAUGAAUAAUUUGAAAUCUGAGAUUGGUUGCAACGUCAGGAUGCUUAUCAUUGACUCCCUCUCAUCACUUAUAGCCCCAGUUCUCGGCGGAGGUGGAGCACAUGGACAUGCCUUAAUGGUUACUGCUGGAUUCCUGUUGAAGGAGCUUGCACAUGAGCAUAACCUUUCCAUUGUGGUGACCAACCAUAUGGUUGCUGGGGAGGCUGGUAGUUCAAAACCAGCACUGGGAGACAGUUGGAAGAGUAUUCCACAUGUUAGGCUUCUUCUACACAGAUACCGUGCAACCAAUGAUAGCUGCAUUUCCAUACUUAAACACCCAUAUCUGCAGAAUUGCAUAACUGUUCCGAGGGCAUUAAAUCUGUGAUUUAAUUUUCAAAGUCACAAUCAAGUCAAUGAAAUGGAAUUCGAGUUCUUGCUUUUCAUCCUCAGGCUACUGGAAAGACGAUGGAGUUCAUGAUUACAUGAUUUAUGAGAUAAAAUUUGGCAGUUGUCUUGAGAAGUCAGGCCUUUGGUGCAGAUGAAGCAGUAAUAACCAGAGUUCCACAGCAACGAGGUCGUAUUUACUCUAUGAACUCAAAUUAAUGUGAGAAAAAUGUAUACAUUUUUCAGCAUAGUUGAGAUUUGCUCCCUGUUUUAUGUCAGUAUCCUAUUUUUCCAUGAAAUACCUAAUGUUUUGUAGUGUGAAAUACAUACACAAAAAGCUGUAAGGUAAUUCCUUUGUGAUUUUGAGGGGGAAGAAAUUUAAGGUGAUGAAAAGACAGAUGUGAAAGUGUAGAAGAUGAAGGUACCUACUCAUUGCUUUUCUCCAUGACCUUCAUUCUUGAUCAUGCAGUAUACUCAUGCAUCCAAACUGGAAAUCACUUAAUGUAGUUUUGAAUAUGUAUCGGAUAUGAUACUGGCAUGAUGUGAUUUGAUACAUGUAAGAAUGACUGUGUAUAUAAGGCCAUAUGAAAUCAAUACCUAGAUUACUUUGUA